AUGCAUCGUGAGAAUUCAAAUUCUGCGUUGGAAAACGAUUUGCUGAAUGAACAACUACUGUUCGAGUACUCGCCGGCCGAAAGUUUGAUAAACUUCGAGUUACCAACUACUUUGGAGACAGAAAUAGACAGUUUGCAACUUGGUGAUUUGGACUUUCAUUGUGAUGCCUUUCUCGGUAGUGUCAGUGAUAGGACUUGCGAUGAAUCCGAGGACAGUUCUCUAGUUCUCUUCGACUUUGCAGAUUUGGAUAAGAAUGUAAAUUUCGAUGACUACUUACUAGAGGCACUAAGCUCCGAUCGAUCCGGAGACGUCGGUCAGUCGGGGAGCGAUUCCGUUGACAGCUAUGACGGUGCAGCUCUUGGAAGGCUCUCUGUCCUUGGCAUUGACUUGCAAUCAAUGUGCGCGGAAAGUCCGACAGUCACCGCGAACGCUACAAACAGUGCCAGUGAGUCGGAGUGCAUCGAGAGAAAUGCGAUGAUGGCGGAAGCGAAGGCGCCUUCGUGGGGUGAGCCGGCGUUCUGCCCCGACCUGGGGGCGUUCCGUUGUCCAGUCGGCGAAUGCGGGAAGCUGUACGCGAAGGCGUCACACGUGCGGGCGCACUUGAGGCGGCACAGCGGGGAGAAGCCGUACAAGUGCACUUGGGGCGGGUGCAGCUGGAGGUUCGCGCGCUCCGACGAGCUGGCGCGCCACCGCCGCAGCCACUCGGGCGACAAGCCGUACCGGUGCAGUGAAUGCGGCAAACGGUUCGCGCGAUCUGACCACCUUGCCAAGCACGGCCGCGUGCACGCCCGUCGCGCCGCCGCCGCGCUCGCCAAGCGACCUCCUACAACUCAACCCUACAGAACCAGACGCUUGUUG